AACCUAUUCGACAAAAUGUCAGCCUCCAUGAGAACGUGUAUUGUGAGACGACCUACUGUAAUUAAACAGUAUUUUGGUAUCACAAGUUGUCAGAAUGUAUUGACUGGCGGGGCGUUUCAAAGAAAAAGUAUAUUUACUCACGCUGCACGUGAUAACCUGAAAAAGAUUCCCAUAUACCAGUGUGGUUCUCGAUGGCAACAAACAAAAGGAUUUCACAACAGUUCUGCUCUAUGGACUGUAGAAGAAACAGCAAAUGAAGAAUCAGUGGAAGAUGAUUUUCAUACUAUCAUCAAAAAUACAGAAAGAUCUAAAGGUCCCUCAGAUAAACUUGAGUUCCAGGCAGAGACUAGGAAACUGUUGGACAUUGUUGCGAGAUCACUGUACAGUGAAAAAGAGGUGUUUAUUAGAGAGCUGAUAUCCAACUCUAGCGAUGCUCUUGAAAAACUUCGUUACAAACAAAUGGCUGAUGGUGACAUAGAGGACAGUGACCUCCCCUUGGAAAUUGAUAUUGCUGGUGAUGAGACAAAGAAAACAAUCACUAUUCAGGAUACUGGUAUUGGUAUGACACGAGAAGAAAUGGUAAAAAAUCUGGGAACAAUUGCUCAUUCUGGAUCUAAGGCCUUCUUAGACUCAAUGAAGGACAGUUCUGAUGCUAGCAAGAAUAUUAUUGGCCAGUUUGGUGUAGGUUUUUACUCGUCAUUCAUGGUAGGAAAUAAGGUUGAUGUUUACAGUAAAUCAUGCAUACCAGGGUCCCAGGCUUACAAAUGGUCCUCUGAUGG